AUGAAGACAAAAGAAGAUAAAGCAACUUUAAUCGAUUUAGUAAAAAAGAAAAGACUAUCUGCGAAAAAUGUAAAUGACAAAUGGGAUAAUAAUGGGAAAAAUACAUUAGAGAAUAACACAAAUUUUAAAGAUAACGAACUUAAAGAUAAUAAAAGUGAUCUCUCAUUUGUUGAUAUUUUUAGUACUAAAAUUACAGAAUCAGAAAUCUCAAAUAUAAUUAAAAAUUUAAAAGAUGAAACAGCUGCUGGAAUUGAUACAGUAACGGUAAAACUAAUUAAACCUGGCUUAGGGACAGUAAAUGCACUUUAUAACGCCACGAGUCACGUAUAUAAUGCCCUUGAUCAUGGUAAAAAAACAUUAGCUGUUUUCUUUGACCUAGCAAAGGCAUUUGACAUGGUUAAUCAUGAAGAACUAAUAAAGACUCUACCUAGUUUUGGCAUAAAAACAACUAGUUUAAAUUGGUUUAGAAAUUAUCUAAAAGAUAGGCAACAAAUAGUUAAAAUAAACAAAACAUUGGGUCAAAAAAGGAAAAUCAUAUGUGGAGUCCCACAAGAUGGUAAAGUUGUAACAUAUGCGGAUGACACCUGUCUACUCUUCACAGAUAGCUCGUGGCAUUCUGUACAACUUAAAGCAAUAUCUGAGCUCAAAAAAGAACUAACAGUACAUUGNUAG